GUUCAUAAAGGCACAUGACAUCAGCGGUAAUACGUAGCCACAGCCAAAAAACUACGAUGGUUCUCAUCAAGGAAUACCGUGUGGGCUUACCCUGUACAGUGGAGGAGUAUCAAGUGGGUCAGUUGUACUCCGUAGCAGAGGCCAGUAAGAAUGAGACGGGUGGAGGAGAGGGCAUUGAGGUCCUUAAGAAUGAACCCUAUGAGAAGGAGGGCGAGAAAGGACAGUACACACAUAAAAUCUACCAUCUGAAGAGUAAAGUCCCAGCGUUUGUCAAGAUGAUAGCUCCUGAGGGCUCCCUGGUCUUCCAUGAAAAGGCCUGGAAUGCUUACCCUUACUGCCGAACCAUUGUAACGAAUGAGUAUAUGAAAGACGACUUCAUCGUUAAGAUUGAGACAUGGCACAAACCUGACCUUGGCACAGUAGAAAACGUGCACAAGCUGGACGUACCCACAUGGAAGAGUGUGGAGGUGGUUCCCAUUGACAUCGCAGAUGGGGAACAAGUGGCCCCUGCUGACUACAAGGCAGAUGAGGAUCCUGCUCUGUUCAAGUCAGCUAAGACUGGUAGAGGACCCCUUGGACCCAACUGGAAGAAGGAGCUGGUUAGUAAGGCUGACUGCCCGAGGAUGUGUGCCUACAAACUGGUCACUGUCAAGUUCAAGUGGUGGGGCCUGCAGAACAAGGUGGAGAGCUUUAUUCACAAGCAAGAGAAGCGCAUCUUCACUAACUUCCAUCGCCAGCUGUUCUGUUGGAUCGACAAGUGGGUGGAGCUGACUAUGGAGGACAUCAGGAGGAUGGAGGCGGAGACCCAGAAGGAGCUGGAGGAGCUUCGCAAACAAGGUCAAGUACGGGGAACCAGUGCUGCAGAUGCCGAAUGAGAUGGAGGGUUUUAAACAGCGAUGAAGAGUAAAGUUGAUGAUGAAGAAUUUCGACGUGUGCUCCCUGCGUGCCACCUUUUACCUUACUGAUUCAGGAUGUGGAGGACGAGGGCUCCAAUCGAUCAAUAGACCAGCACCCUGACCUACCUGCAUCCAAUUAUAGACAUUCUAUCCACAGAAUAAUUGAUUUGUAGAAAGUGACACGAUCAUAGCUUUUAAUUUUGAUCUCCUGGGCUAAAGACGUUAUCAAGAAGCAAUGACCUCAGUAAAGCCAGCUACCACCACCAUUGUUGAUAGACUAGUCCCUCUAUCUUCUCUUGAUAGACGCUUAGAGGGCUGCUUGGUUGUUGAGAGAUUAAUAUUUUCAAAGCAUUUAAUUUGCAUGAUUCCCUUAUGGCAGGUGUUGGACCUGUAUUUUGUUAUUCCAGUCGAGUAGGAUCGUUCCUCUGUGGUCUGUUGCCUUGCCCAUUUUUUUGUUUUCCUUUGUAUUCAUUGAUAUUUUCCCCAGAUCAUUCCUUUCAAGACAAUGUCCUCCCUGUCCUCUUCUAGCUGUUCAUAACUCUAUGGUUUUCCCAUUAGCUGGCGAAAGAGAGCCUGUCAGUGUGUUCUCCAAAAACGUGUCCCUUCCUGCCAUGGCGUUCAUUAAGAGAUUUACUGACACCCUUGGCACCUGUGCCCAUCCUAAUCUUUCCCCCUCCCUCUGCAUCUUAUUAACACUCUGACAAUCUUGUCCACACAGGUAUUUCACUCUCACUCCAAUGCAAAUUAACACAAACACACACUCAUAUGCACAUGUAGACCCGCGCACACACACAGGUGUGAAUGCCUUUGCGGUGGCUGAUCUCUUCCAAGCUCAAGCUGGGCAGAUCCCUGCACGAUCCUUCAACUGAAGGGAAGUGGCUGUUGGAGUGUUUGGAGCUGUCACUGUUUUUCCCACACUCCCCAUUCUCCAUACGCUCACACUCACUCAAUCCGCUCCUCCCCAGCGGAUGUCCCCAGAGCGAAACCGCACUGAAAAACAGUCACAGAUGGUGCUACACCCUUCGUCUCUGUCACGCACUACUCACCCCACCCUGCAGUCCACCACCCCAGUAGCCUGCCUGUCUCUGCCUUAUUCCUGUGGAUCUUUGGGACCGUGUUCUGCUGCUGGUCGUAUCCUGCUGAACAUGGGCAUCAGGUCAACAGACACCCAGCACCACCCUAGCCCAGACCAGGCCACCACCCUAGCCCAGACCAGGCCACCACCCUAGCCCAGACCAGGCCACACCUGACUGGGCCUGUUUACAGUCGCAGCUGCCUCCCUACCUACUCACUCAGCACUACACUGCCUUACUGUACCCAUACAGUACCCCCACAUGACAUACUGUACCUCCACUCUGUCAUCUACCCCUUUCCCUCUCUGCUUCUGGGCGCUAGCGAGCACCACCAUGUCUUUUGGCUCCACACGGGCACCAGUUAGGAACCACUCAGUAGUCUUUUAGGAUUUACUACAGGGACACUGAUCAACAGAGGGUGGAACAGGGAUGGUCCUCGGGGGCCUGAGUUGGUCUCUCACUUUUGCCCCAGCACCAGCUAACACACCUGACUCCAAUAAACAGCUAAUCAUGCAAGAAUUAGAAUGCAAUUUGUUUAAUCAGCUGUGCUUGCUAGGGAUGGGGGUGGUGUGACACCACUCUGGCCCCUGAGGACGGGAGUUGCCCAUCCCUGGGGUAGAUGAAGGGCUUGAUUGGUUUGCAAUGACUUUAAGAUCUGUUUUAGCUGAACCACACAAUGUGCUCAAGGUCCUAAUGCAUGUUUGUUCUAUUGAACUGUGGUGGGGUGAUUAUUCCCUGCCGUGAUACUGUACUGAUGUAGACAACAGCACUCCCCAGCAGCAAGCCGGUCGGACAGUUCCGUGCUGGAGCCUGAAUGCUACUCUGUUUAAGCACCAAAGUGCCUUCAUGUUAUUGUGUGCAUGUCUGCGUGCUUGUGGGACAAUAAAGAAUGCAUGUGUAUCUUA